CCUCUCUUUCAGAUACACUGAAGAAAAAAACCCAACAAACCACUCUUCAUGAGGCCACCUCGACACACACAAAAAAUGACCAGACUUGGGGAGUGGGUUCCCCCAGGGCGACCGUUCCCAGCACGGCUUUCGACGCCCCCUCUUCCCAGCCAGUCUCUCAUUGUUGCGGUGGCUCAGUUCACAUUUCUUUAGGGAAAAGGCCGCUGCGCUGAAUGGCACACAUCGUACAGUCAGCAAAUGUACUGAGUACGGGGUGUGGGGGGGUGUCGCUAUGUUUUCUUUUUGUGUUUUGUUGGUUUUUAUCAUAAGGGAGAAAAGACCAAUAAAAUGAUGAGAAAAAUGUUUCAGCUGUCCCUGGGGGCUGGGGUCCUGUCGCCUCCCUUCAGUGACAAGGCCUGGAGAUGACCCUGCACUUGCUCUGUCCCCUAGGAGCCUGGGGGAAGCCUGGUGGCCUUCUCGUGGGAGGAGGGCUCUCAGCCUCAGGACCCACACAGACGGCAGGACCCCGGGCUGAGCCCCAGACGAGCAGCCCUAAAUCCAGUCCCUGCAUUCUCCUGGGGACCCCAACACUGCCAGGUCCACGAGAGCCACCGUCCUCACAGGGAGAGUGGUGGCCUCUCCGGGACCCCACCAGGGCCAGUGCGGCCUGGUGAAGCCUCCUAACCUGCUCCGGGAGGCUGGGCCCAGGAGAGGUUGCCCGGGCGACCAGCUGAGGCUCCUCCCAGGGUGACUGUGGGUGGCCACGGUGCCAGGCAACCAGGUGGCGGCGUCCCUUGAGCCAGGAUCAAGCAGCUGUGCCCGGCCCUGGGGGACUUCUCCCAGGCUCGCCGGAUCCCUGGGGCCCUGUCUCUACUCCCCACGACAGCUCCGCCUCCAGCCACAAUGAGCACUGUCCUCUCCAGCCCCACCAGGCACCACCCCUUCUGCGGAAUCGUCCCCGACCCCACUGCUGGCAGCCUGAUCCUACUUGUUUCCAAGCCUGUCUCCUCUGGGGGUCGCAGACCCAGGGUGCCUCUGAACCCGCUGGGACAGCCAGGUGAGGGUGAUGGAGGACACGGUGACCCAGGCCGAGAAGCACUUCGGCCAGCUCUGCUCGCUGCUGGCCGCCUACACCCGCAAGACGGCCCGGCUGCGGGACAAGGCCGACCAGCUGGUCAGACAGCUCGUCGACUUUGCCAACACGGAGCACCCGGAGAUGCGGGCCACGCUGCGGAGCCUCGCCGAGGACCUGGCCAGAGUGCAGGACUACCGGCAGGCCGAGGUUGAAAGGCUGGAGAGGAAGGUUAUUGACCCUCUGAAGCUCUAUGGGGCGCAGAUAAAGCAGACCCGGGCGGAGAUCAAGAAAUGCAAACGCGUCCGGAACAACGAGAUCAAACAGCUGGAGAGACUGGAGAAGCUGAGGCAGAAGUCCCCUUCCGACAGACCGACCCUCUCCCAGGCGGAGACCAGCGUGCAGAGGGCCUCGGUGGAUGCCAACCGCACCACCCACCAGCUGGAGGAGACAAUUGAUACCUUCCAGAAGCAGAAGCUGAAGGACCUACAGAAAAUUUUUUCGGACUUUGUGACCAUCGAGAUGGUGUUCCACGCCAAAGCCGUGGAGGUGUAUUCCAGCACCUUCCAGACCCUGGAGCGCUACGACCUGGAGAGAGACCUGGAGGUGGGUCCCCCCGUCUUCCCUCUGGGGGUGCAGGGCUCCACUGGAGGCUGCUUCCGCCUCGAGAGAAGCAGCGUUGGGUGGCAACAUCUUGCCAUUUCUCCGCUCCUGGAGGCUCACGGUGAUGCUUGGUUCCCAACGCAUGUCCCGGGCGCCAGGCAGGUGGGGAACUUGGCUCUGGAACAGCAAGCGCGCCUCGCCCACCGGGGGGUCAAGGGCAACAGCAAAAGCACCUCCAGGCUGAUGCUUCGCUGUCCUUGGGGCGGAGGCGAAGUGCUCCUGGCCCUCACCUGAGGUGAUUAAGGUCUAGAAUUAGCU